AUGAGGCGUUUCCCGUCAACCCGUAACUUACGAAACUUGUGAGGAGACUUUGAUUAUUUCUGACAAAAUUUUCUGGCUUACGAAAUUAUAAAAAGUUACAAAGAUCAAAGGAAUAUGUUUUUCGUACGUAAGCGGAUCUUCGCAAACUUAUGUAUGUACAUACGUGGUAACGGACUUGGUUACGUACGAAGAUUGACAUGAAAUGUCUCAAAUUUGAUCUUUGCACGUGCACAUACUUAUUUGUCUCAGACGUACAUAUCCCAUGCUGUGAUGGCAUGAAAAGAAUAAAUGUUUGCCUCGCUUUUAAGGAAGCCUCGUCUCAAUUUAUCCAUUCUGCAUGGUCGUCAUCUUCUCCGAGUUGACAAACUCGAGAGAAACCAAACCUCCGUCGGGUAUCUUUCUUUUUUUGUUUCCAUGGAUGUCGGCAAUUCUAGUCUCACUUCCGGUAUAUUGGACAUAUAAUUACAUUCAGGAACAGCAUGGAUUCCAAAAGAGUGGGGCUUGUGCCAGGGUCGUACUGAUGGGUUCCUCAAUCGCAUAUUAUGGAUAUGAGUCGAUUUCCGUUUUUCUGAGAUUUUUGGCACCAACAACAUAUAUGAUUUACGCAAUGCAACGGAUUGGAUUUCGAAUUAAAUUUCUAUUCAUUUUUAAGCCGAUACCUGCCAACAUUCCGUUAAAUUUGAUCCGACGCGUACGCUUUGUAUUCUGUCACAUGAUAUUUUUCAUACUCACCUGGGUACCAGUUGGAGCUUUCAACCUUAAUCACGUUCUCACCAGCCUGCCCUCAGCUUGUCCGGUUGUGGAAAAGCCGGAUAAAAUCGUGGGUGUCUCUUUCAGCAUCGUUUUUCUUCUACAGACAAUUUCUCAACCCUUUUUAUACUUCAUUACCGUGUAUGACACUCCGUUAUGUGAUUAUCUUCAGAACAUUAUGUCCGUCUUGAUUUCAGAAGAAAUUGGAGCAGUGGGAGGAGACUGACAUUCUCAAGAUGUAUGUAUAGUAUGUAUAGUACAGAUCAAGUUAAUUUUCCAUUAAAAUUUGUUAAACUAUUCUGAACAGAUAUAUCUAGGUUGUUCUAAUCAUGGAUAAGUAUUUAGAUGAAUUAAUCAAAAUUUUAAUUAUCCACACC